AUGCCCAUCGGGACGGGGCUAAUCUCCACCUUCCAGGUCGACACCCACGCCCGGAUAUGGAUCGGCUACCAGAUCAUCCUGGGCUUCGGCAUCGGCCUGGGCAUGCAGCAUGCAGUCAUCGCUGUGCAGACAGUGCUGCAGCCGCGCGAUAUCCCUAUCGGCGUCUCGCUGGUCUUCUUCUGCCAGCAACUUGGGUGCACCAUCUUCGUCUCCGUAGGCCAGAAUGUCUUCAACCAGAAGCUAAUUGCUGGGGCUGGCCCAUGUGGUUGCCGAUUUGGAUCCACGGAGCAUUGUUAA